ACUGCUUAUUUGCCACAAACAAGCAACAGAGGUUGUUGGUUCUGGGUCCAUCAACAUUUCCGACUGCUAGGACAUCCCAGUAGCAGAUCGGAGGAGGAGGAAGGGAGGGAGUAGAUGUGGAAGGAGAAGCGGUAGCAGCAAGAGGGAUGGGAGUCUGUUCCGCUUGGAUGGCCGGUGCAGUCAGGAGGCUUCUCGGGAGGGGAAACAGACAAGACACGCGCUGCCCGCUGUUCUCUUCCCCCUUCUUCUAGCCUCCUCCUCCGGCCGCGUGUGCGUGUGUCCCGCUCCGCUUUGCUCCGCUCCUACACGCCUCGAGGGAGAAAGCGAGGUGGGGGAGAGGAGGGAAGGAGAGUUGACGCAUCGGGGAGAGCGAGCACACCGACGGUUCACUUUUCCGAUGUGCAACCUGCGAGACGCCUUGCCGUCAGCGACUUGUGCCACUGACACUAAAAGAGACGCGCAGAGGCACGCGGAGAGAGGCGGGUUAUGGACGCGGAGUAAGUGGCACGGCUCGUGAGUGUGCAAAUACACCGAAGGAAGAAAAGGAACAGCAGUGUCUUUGGCACACAAGUCAGAAGGAGAGGCGGGUUUUUACAUUUUUAUUUAUUUAUUUAUUUAUUUAACCGGGAGCGUCGCCGCGACCCAACAGUGAUGUUCAUGUGCGCAAUUUUUAAUGACAAAAGACGGAUUAUUCUUUGGCUUUGAAUUCCACAGACAUCAUUCCCCACAGGACAAAUUGGAGAACCAGAGAGGUGCGAAUCGGAUUCCAUACAUUCGUGAUUGGAUGUGAGAACACUUUGACCCUACAAAAUUGAAGAUGAUGUUGCUAUGGAAACUGCUGCUGCUGCAGUCACUUAUGGGGCGCCUUGCAGAGAGCAGCAUCCUGGAGAGUCCUGUCUUCACCAAGCAGCCAGGCAGCAUCGUGUAUCCUGUGGAGACUCAGGAGAGCAACAGGGAGGUGGUGUUCAGCUGCGAAGCCCAGGGAAGCCCUCCUCCCACGUAUCGGUGGAAAUUAAAUGGAACAGAAAUUAUUCCCAAAGCUGGAUCUCACUACAGCCUUUCUGGAGGCAACCUCAGAAUCAACCGUCUGAACAAAGACCAGGACGCUGGAACGUAUCAGUGCCUCGCCUCCAACUCUUUCGGGACCAUCGUCAGCCGAGAGGCUAGUCUAACCUUCGCAUACUUGGAUAACUUCAAGACUCACAGAAGAAGCUCUGUAUCUGUACGUGAGGGUCAAGGUGUGGUUCUUCUCUGUGGCCCACCCCCACAUUCUGGAGAUCUGGUAUUUUCCUGGAUCUUUAAUGAGUACCCGACAUUUGUAAAGCAGGACACCCGCCGCUUCAUCUCCCAGGAGACGGGGAAUCUGUACAUUGCCAAAGUGGAGCCCUCAGAUGUUGGUAAUUACACCUGCGUGGUGACCAACACCGUCACGAAGACCCGUGUCCAGGGUCCACCCACUCCACUAGUGCUCCGCAGUGACGGUGUGAUGGGUGAAUACGAGCCAAAGAUUGAAGUUCAGUUUCCAGAGGUUGUUCAUGUUGCCAAAGGAUCCACCGUAAAGCUGGAAUGCUUUGCUCUAGGAAACCCUGCUCCCACUAUAAACUGGAUGAGAGUAGACGGUGUGCCCUUCCCCAGGAAAGUGGACAACAGAAAGGCCAGUGCCGUCCUGGAAAUCCCAUAUUUCCAGCAGGAGGAUGCCGGCACGUAUGAGUGUGUUGCUGAGAACUCCAGGGGCAUGAACACGGUGAAAGGAAAGCUGUCUUUCUACGCUCCUCCUCAUCUCAUUGAGAAACCGGAAGACGUCCAGAGGCUCAUUGAUGACUCGUUGGUGUGGGAGUGUAAAGCCACCGGGAAGCCGAAACCGUCCUACAGGUGGAUGAAAAAUGGAGAAAACCUGGAAUCUGCUGAGGAACGCGUACAGGUUGCCAAUGGGGUGCUGUCAAUUAGCCGCCUGACCCUGUCCGACACGGGAAUGUACCAGUGUGUGGCUGGGAAUAAACACGGCGAGGUCUACUCCAAUGUAGAGCUCAGGGUUAUAGCUGUUGCCCCAGAUUUUUCUCACAAUCAACUGCGGAGCCAGACGUUGGUGAAGGUGGGAGGAGACGUGCUCAUCGAGUGCAAGCCCAAGAUGUCUCCUUGGGGUGUGAUCUCUUGGCGGAAGGGCAGUGAACCCCUCCAUGAGAAUAGCAGGAUCUCCUUCCUGGAUAAUGGCAACCUUCGGAUAUGGAAUGCAACAAAAUCUGAUGCGGGCCUCUACACCUGUGUAGCAAGAAACCAGUUCGGAGUGGCAAGCAGCACAGGAAGCAUCACAGUUAAAGAGCCGACCGUCAUCACCACCCUACCCUCCACGAUGGACGUCAACGUCGGGGAGAGUGUGGUCCUGCCCUGCCAAGUGAGCCACGACCUGUCUCUGGAGCUCAAGUUCACCUGGUUCUUCAACGAGCAGCUCAUCCACUUCGGGAGUCACGGUGGAUUCUUUGAAAAAGUGGGAGGUCAGCAUUCGGCAGGAGACAUUAUGAUUCGGAACAUCCAGCUGAGGCAUGCUGGGAAGUACACGUGCGCCGUGCAAACGAAGGUGGACAGCAUUUCCAUCGCUAUGGACCUGGUUGUCAGAGGUCCCCCUGGGCCCCCCACCAGCAUCCAUGUUGAAGAAAUCACAGAUACCACAGCCUCUCUGUCCUGGAGGCCCGGUCCUGAUAAUCACAGUCCAAUUACGGCAUACACCAUCCAGGCCAGGACACCAUUUUCCCUGGGGUGGCAGGCUGUCACCACAGUUCCUGAGGUGGUCGGGGGCAAACUGCUGACGGCUACAGUAACAGACCUGAGUCCGUGGGUGGAGUAUGAGUUUCGAGUCCUGGCAAGCAACAGAAUCGGGACUGGUGAGCCCAGCAAGCCAUCCAAACAAGCAAGGACGAAGAGCACCUCUCCGAAGGUCACACCAGCUAACGUGAGCGGAGGUGGAGGCAGUCGCUCUGAAUUAGUCAUCACAUGGGAGCCGGUUCCAGAGGAGUUGCAGAAUGGACCAGGGUUCGGUUAUGUGGUGGCAUUUCGACCCCACGGUGCCACAGGCUGGAUGCAGGCAGCCGUGCCAUCUGCGGAAGCAUCCAGAUACAUCUUUAAAAACGAGAGCAUCCAGCCCUUCUCGCCUUUCCACGUGAAGGUCGGGGUUUAUAACAACGAGGGAGAGGGUCCAUUUGGACUUGUCACAACCAUCUAUUCUGCUGAGGAAGAGCCUGGCCGAGCUCCCACCAGGGUCCGCGCCAAGAGCCUCUCUGCAUCAGAGAUCGAAGUUUCGUGGAAAGCUCUGCCCUGGAAUACCAGCAAGAGAAGAGUGCUGGGCUAUGAGCUGAGGUACUGGAGUAAAGGUGAAAAGGAAGACAUGGCCAGCGUGCAGAGGACUGUAGGAAAUCAAACGUCUACUGUUAUCUACGGGGUGAGAGGCAGCACCACAUAUUACAUCUCGGUGAGGGCGUAUAACACAGCUGGAACAGGCCCGCCCAGCAACUACUUCAACAUUACCACCAAAAAACCACCACCCAGUCAGCCGCCAGGUAAAGUGAUGUGGAACACAUCAAACUCCAAGAUUAUACUGAACUGGGAGCAGGUCAAAGCUCUGGAGAACGAGUCAGAGGUCACUGGUUACAAAGUGUUGUACAAGAAGAAUAGGCACAGCCGGCCCAGCGUCAUGGAAACCAACACCACCUCUGUAGAGCUUGCUCUGCCCACUGAUGAGGAUUAUAUCAUCCAGAUAAAGCCGUUUGGAGAGGGAGGAGAUGGCAGCAGUAGCAGGCAGAUCACCAUCCCAAGGAUACCAGGCCCCAAUGCAGUCGGCUCAGCAUCCAAGGUCUCCACUCUAUCAGCCCUCAGCACAAUAGCGCUGUCUUUCACAGCACGGACAUCUUUAUGACAAACAGCUCCCAGCAGACGUUGCAUCUGAUGUGGAGACAGCUCUCCAACAGAACGUAAACACAGCCCACUCUGGUGUAAUGAGAUCCAUUCAUUUAGAUUUUAGAGGCAGAGGGAAGAUGCUGAUGGGAAAAAAAGUAAAAGUAGGUCACUGAGAUGGCAAAUGUGGAGUCCCCUUCAGCACCCAGGCCAGGUAAAGAAGAUUGACCGAUGUCGUGACUAUGUUGUUACCAAAGCAGCUUUCAUACGAGAAAAAUAAAAGAGAAAAAUGUCUUAUAUGCAUCUUUUUGUAUGACAUGUUGAGCUUUUAUAGUUUUUGUUGUCUUAAUGGGUUUAAAGUCGGCCUGGGCUUAAUGGGUAAGAACAAUUCAUUGCAUGGUGAAUAUCAUCAAGUUUUUCGAUUUGCAGUUUGGACAGCACACCUUUUCUCUUUUAAAAUAAAUAAUAGGCUUUUUUCCAGUCAUGAGAAUGAAUUACUACCCACUGCAUUUUGAUUUCUGCACUUUGUUCAAACAUUUUACCCAAGGACUGCUUUGGUGUUGGUAGGGCUAUUGGUCAUUUUUCUCCAACUGUGAAGAGGAGUAGCAUUAGACAGUGUAUGCUAAUGCUUUAUCGUUCUGCAAACUGUAUUAACAUUUGCAAACAAAGUAAGCCGCUAAAGUCAAUUUAGAUGGGAUUUUGUUAAUGAGGUUGGCUCAGAGUUUUUAUCUAGUCAUCAAACUGCUACAAAUGCUAAAUAUAAACAUCCAAGUCAGGUUGGCACCAAUUACAAGAGAAAAGGUGGAAGUUUGACAAUUAUAGCUUAAGAUGCUAAUCGUUCCCACUGUCCAUAACAUGGCUACACUAUGAGAAAUGCUGUUGUGAUUCAUAUGUGAAAAAAACCUCUGAAGCUCACCCUCAACAUGAGGCUUUACUCUGUCAAUGGAUUCCUAACACUACUGUUGAUAAGGAUUCAACAACUAUAGUCAAAAUUAUAGCAGUGCCUUGGCAGAGGCACAUGGUGGAAUAAACUAUAGCUCCUCAUCGGUAAAAACCUGCCCUCUUUCACAACUUUAAUGACAACAGCCUCUGGGAAACAAAACUAUCUGCAAGAUACAGAGACUCGCUCUCAGCUUAAAAGAGAGAGGAGCAAUGAUGUUAUCUGUAUGACCCAGUUUGGCUAGUAAGCAUUAGCAGGCGUGGCUAAUAACGAAACAACAUAAACUAAUUGGGUUUGGAGGGAGAUGUAAUGUCCAGCACCAUCUUCUCAUAGGAUGCUACUCAGUAAGGCCUGUAUUGUAUAGCUGCUUUGCUAGUUUGGGGCUAAUGGUCAUUUGGUCAGGCCAGGGGACCAGAUGCUAGCCUGUAGCUGCCGGGACUUUGCCCUGCAAAGUGAGCAACCACACACUGCUAGCAGCUCAUGUAGAAGAGGCCAGAUUAGUAGCCUUCACUUAUAUAUUUCCUUUCACAUACAAACAGUUGGUCCAUGGACCAGGUUUUUAAGUGGAUUAACCCGUUGGUACCAGACCUCCCAUGAACAGGAUGUGAAAUUUUCAUUUUAUUUUAUUUUUUACUCAGGCUACCAUUUAAGUACCUACACAUUAUAUGCCGUUGGAAAGCUGAGAUGGUUAAGAUUUGAGGGGUAUAUGCUAUUCCAGGCUUCAAUCAUAACUUCAUUAAAACUAAAAUCUUAUUUCUGACCAGUCACCAAUUUGUUUUGAAGCCAUGCUGUACUCCAGUAGGAGAUGAUAAUGCAACAAAAACAGUCCUGUUACAUCAGCAAGGAUAUAAUAAAAGAAGUCCAGUAAAAUUGUUGGUCCAAAACAAGUCUUUUAACCAUAAAAACCUGUUUUAAGCGGAAAUUGAAGGAUUUAAAGUAGUUAAUGACUACCAGAGUGAAACUAGCUACGUGCAACUUUAGCUACCAUCAUUUCAUCCACUGGUGUAUUGACAGGAGUUUUGAAUGUUUGGAGCCAGAUGUACAUAACCUUUAGACAGACGUUAUGAUGCACAUGUCAUCCAAAGCAGCUCCACCUGUAAUAUACUGCACAACUGUCGCUCUGUAUUUAAACUGUAGAUGUGUGGAGAGGGCACCCAUUUGGACUAUUAAUGUACUAAAGUGAAAUGCAAGAUUAACAUGAUGACGUAGCUAUCUUCCAAAGAUUUCUUCUUUUUAAUGCCAAAUCUUUUUCUCUGGCUUCUCCUAGAUGCAGAACGUUUGUUAGUGGGAUAAUUUUCAUGCAGUAAACCUUCACAGUAACUAAAGAAGGCUAAAUUAGCUUCUGCUGAACUUCAAAAUUCUGUUUUAUCCUCUCUAAAUACUGCUGUAAGAUUGAUAUGGAUUGAGGGAAUGAUUGCACAUUAACUCUUUCAGGAUACAAAUAGUGUGAACUCAUCAUUCUGGAUGCUAAAAUAUUAGCAUGACAUGUUUUUGGUGCCCCUUUUCGCAAAAGCAAGACAGGACAAUAAGGUCAGCAAAGUGCUUAAAAGGCAUCCACAUGACAGAAAGCAGCAAGCUGUUGUGGAGAGCUUCUCUCCUGGAUUCCUCUACCUUGGCCAUUGACUUGCACUGAUGGCCAGACCCUCGUGGCUAUCUCAUGUCCUCAUUCUUUUAGUUAGCUGUGUGUCUAGAGCUAUUCUUUGCCUUCCGUGUGCCUCAUCAUAUGUUCAAAAUCCUCAGGUCCUUAAAGAGCCUUAACUUAUCAUAUGUAUAUCAAAAACAUUAGAAAGAUAGACCUACGAAGCAGCCGCGGAGAUGUUUACAUGCUGCUGUAACAAUAGAAACCAUGUAUUGUUGGGGGGGGCAGCAUCCUUUGCUGUGGUUAGUCUGAAUGGCAUUCUGCUGUUUCGCAUGGGAUAUCGGCAAUAUAUGAGGCCUGGUGCAUUUUUCUAGGUGUGUGUUCUUAAUAAAAGAUGAUGCUGCUGAUCUUUUCCUUUUCCCAUAGUCUCCUGAUGCCAUGUGGGACUGCUGUGCCACCCCGCGUACAGUGCAUUCUAUGUAGCUUGUAAUCCAGUUAAGUAGUUUGUAGUACUUUGAAGGGAAGUGUACUGUAGGCUACUGGGUUUUGCUCAGAAUCACGCAUCAAGAAAUGUGUAAUAUACUGUUUUGUACACUUCAAAUCAUUUAUAUAAAAUAAUCUUUGUAAAGAGAUGUUUUACUUGGUUUUUAUGUAAUGACUCUGUUUCAUACUGUAGCUAACUGUUGCUCAGCAUGACUGUACUUUGUCCUCUUUCUUCUGUUCAUCUGCAAACUGAUUGAAUGGCUUUAGGAACAUGCAAGGUUCAUGUAUAUGAUAGGUUUGCGUAUGCUGUAUGUGUACUCUGAAAUCUGAACCAUUAUAAGUCCUGUGUCUUGGCUUCUGUCUCAGUCAGUCCCUCUGAGAUGUACUGGGUCCACCGUCCAUCUACACUCUACAGAAGGGUUCGAUCUGUUGCUGUUUGUUGUUUAUACUGUGUGAAUAAAGAUAACUGGUUUAUAGAACAAUG